UCAUAGCUGGUGGAAAAAAGUCGAAACUUGUUUUUAUGGAAAUCACCACUAAAUUUACAGACUCUUUUUGUAGCAAGGAGCAAGCUUGGCUGCAAAAUUAAAAGCAGUUAAAAAAAUUGAUCCAGUAACAAAAUUACAACGAAUGCAACAAGAGGUUUCACGUUUCAUGUUAGUGGCUUUUAUUCAUUUAUUUACUGUAUAUGUCUAACUUUCAUAUUUCUACGAGUAGACUUGAUUUGCAUAAGCCGUAUAUUUUCAAUUCCAAUAAUAUACUCCUUAACUCAGAAGAGGGUUUUAAAGUAAAAUUCUGGAGUCAUAUUUUUGAGGAACCGUUCAGUGUAUCAAACGUCUGUUUGCACUGGGAGGAUACAGUGCCAUUUAUAUUCAAGUAUACUGAAGCCGCUCCAAAGGUUGAUUUAAGAAUUAUAUCAACCAUGAGUUGCGAAGAGGGUGAUCAUUCGUUAUGUGAAUUUUCUAAGAUAGCCGAAUCAACAAAUUUUACUAGGAUAAAUUGAAGCUUACAUCAAUAGUAAAGCAUCAUGUGAAUUCACUUAUCAGCAACAACAACAUACACAACCCCUAUCCGUUAAUGAUGAUAAUGGGAUUCGAGUUUGUAUUUAUGAGCUUA